GACCAACACUCGGUCGUCGAGCGGCAGCGUAGACGCAUCGUCCUUGUUUUCGUCCUGCAACGGUUUCUUGGUUUCUUUUACCCAGUGAAACUUAAAUCGGUUUCCCCGGCGCAAUUUCGAACCCGCAUCAAGUAUACGCAACGUGUGCCCAGCAAGCAUCGCAUCGCGUGCCUCCGUCGCUAAUUCCACGCUCUAAUGAAGUUAUUGGGUGCGUGAUUCCUGCUCUAAUCUCUAAUCUCUAAGCAACGGUCAGGCAGUCAGGCGGUCACAGGAUCAAAAGAAAAAGGCGCACCGGAACUCGAGGGUUAAUUGAAAAGUCGCCUCAAACCUCGUCAACUGUUUUUCAAUCUCCCCGCGGGGAUUGGCCAUUUUCGCCUCAGAUUUCGCCAAUCGAAAAUCGCGAUGAAGUUGGUUGUCUAUCUCUAUUUCUCCAUGAUUGUGCUGGGCGUUCAGGCCUGGCCCAGUGUGAAGCGGUCCUUUGAGCUUUUCCCCAACCCUGCGGUGCCGCACAAUGUGCACACGGUCUCAGAUUGCAUGCAUGUGGCCUCCGAGGCAGGUGACUACAUCUUCAAGAAGCUCAACCCCCUGAACUCGGCGCUCAACCGGGAGGCCGUUCUGCUCGAACUGGAGGCAGCAGGAGCAGCUGGCAUGGGAGUAGUUCCGGGGGAGGGAGCAGCAGCAGCAGCAGGAGGAGCAGGAGGAGGAGGAGCAGGAGCAGGAGCUGGAACGGCUGCAGAUGUCCAGGAACUGCAGCCCGAGGUCUGCGGGCUGUAUGUGAUGGGGGAGCCAGACACGAUUGUGGAGAUUACAAUGAAGCACUACGAUGCGAACUGCGAGACAGGAGCCCUAAUGGCGUUUGUCGACGGCUGGGAGCUGAAUGGCGAGUACUUUCCGGGCAUUAAGGAUCACCAUCGGCCACUGGAGGAGCGGGUUUACGAGUUCUGCAACAACUACAGACAAUGGCCACGAGUUAGCAACAAGAAGUUCUUCCGUUCGAGCCAGAAUGCCGCUUUGCUCCAGUACCGAAUUCCAGUGCGCGGCUCCUUUGUGGCCAAUGUGCGGUUCCACAAGAUCACGCAACCCUGCAACGUUUUGGUCCAGGACACGGCCGCCAUGUACAAGAUGAGCAACUUUGGCCAGGCUCGCAACUGCACCAUCUCGGCGCUCUUUCCGGCCGUGGUUUCUCUAGCCAGCUUGCGGAUUGGCGGCAAGAGUGUGCGCGCCCAGCCGAAGGUCAACUACGAUUGUCAAUUGCCCAGCGAUCGCUUGGAGAUCGGAGGAUCCGCCGGUCUGGACGCCAUUGGAAUGGAGCUGGCCAGUGCCGUGUGCGGCGCCUCCAGUGACCUGGGUCCCGAGCAGGCCAUCUUCUGUGGCGUGAGCACCGUGCGGCUGGUGUCCUCCGGUCGCUACCAGAACCAGGCGGCCAUUGUCCUGCGCAAGGCCGAUGUGCCGGACAUGGAGAUCGCCACGCUCAUCUGUGCGCUCUAAGUUCGCUUUCGGCGAGACACUGGGACACUGUCCAAAAAAAUGUACAUGUUUGUAAAAAAAAUGAUGAAACAAAGAAGCCCAGAGCAUUGGACGACUCCUCCCCGGACUCCAUCGUAGUGGUUAAACUUAACUCUUAACUUAAUCCAGCUAAUUCGCAAAGUAUUCGCUACCCGAGAGGCAUCUUAGGUAAUAUAUAUAUAUAUAUAUACAUGUAUAUCAAACAUUCUGAG